AUGAAGAUCUUCUACAUUGGAAUCGUUCGAAAUGACCCCGUUCCCGCCACCGAACUCGCCGUCGAACGAGACCUAUCAUCAUUCUCCCGCUUUACUCGAGACAGCUAUGGAGAAUUCAUGACCAUGUUCGCCAAAACGGUGGCCGAACGCACCCGCCCAGGCGUCCGACAAGACAUUGAAGAAAAAUCCUACACAUUCCACGCCUACGGAUCCAGCCAGGGCAUAGUAGGCAUCAUCAUCAGCGACGCCGAGUAUCCUGCACUAGUCGCCCACCAAGUGCUAUCGAAAAUCAUUGACGAAUUCACGUCGCAGAACCCGCGGUCCAGCUAUCUUUCCCCGAGCGUGACGAGCCGACCCUUCCCCCAGCUCAAGGAAUAUCUGGUCAAAUACCAGGACCCGAACCAGGCAGACAGCAUCAUGAAGGUACAGCGAGAGUUAGACGAGACGAAGAUCGUGCUCCACAAGACGAUUGAGAGCGUGUUGGAGCGAGGGGAGAAGAUUGACAGUCUGGUGGCGAAGAGUGAUGGGUUGAGCGCCCAGAGUAAGAUGUUUUAUCAGCAAGCCAAGAAGCAGAAUUCGUGCUGUGUGGUUAUGUGA